GAUUUUAAUGUAUUGAGCGACACACACGGCUGGUGAGAAUCGAGCAGCUGGGGGCGGAUUUAAAAACCGUCGACAUCGCAACACAAACAUUGUCGUGCUAAACAGCGAGCAGCACUUUUUUUUUUAACAACAAGCACGAACACGGCGGCGCCUGUGAACGCAGCUUUGAUUCCGCUGAACGCGUCGCGGGAAAACAACAAACCCGCUGACUGAGAAACUUCUGCAAAAACACUCAUCAUCCAGGUCCUGAAAAAAAAAGUAAUUCCUUAAAGCGUCACAGACAUCAAUUCACUGCGAUGGAAAAGUUUGUGGUUCCGAGGCGGCAGAGACGCUCCGGCACCAGUGAAGCACCGAGUCCACAGAAGAAGAUCAAACUGGAAAGUGAUGAAAAGAUGAAGCAAGAGGAGGAGGAGGAGGAAGGUGAAGAUGCCUCUUCAGCAGAGUUCUCUCAUCCCGUCCCCUGGCAGAAAAUAGAGGCCGAGGGACUCGACUGUGAUUACGCUCUGCUGUUCUCCAAAGAGGAAGCAGAAAAGCUUUUCAGACAGCUGGAGCAGGAGGUGGUGUAUGCAACAGGAGAAGAAGCAAGGGUCCAGGUGUUUGGAAAGGUGUACGAUAUACCGAGGAAGCAGGCCACAUAUGGAGACGCUGGUCUGACCUACACUUACUCUGGGGUGAAACGUUUAGCUUGCCCGUGGACACCAACUUUGGAAUAUAUCCGGGAUGCUGUGACAAAAACAACCGGACAGACAUUUAAUUUUGUGCUGGUCAACAGGUACAAGGAUGGGCAGGAUCACAUGGGGGAGCAUCGUGAUGAUGAGAAGGAGCUGGAUCCCCUCUGUCCCAUCGCCUCUGUCUCUCUUGGAGCGGCGCGAGACUUCAUCUUCCGACACAGAGACACGAGGGGAAAUCAGGCCCGUCGACAGAUUGAACCCGUGAAGCUGGAGCUCGCUCAUGGCAGCCUGCUCCUCAUGAACUCCCCGACCAACACCUUCUGGUACCACAGCCUGCCUGUCCGCAAGAGGAUUUCCCAGCCUCGCAUCAACCUCACCUUUAGACGCAUCCUGAAGGACACUAAGAAAUGACCAAGUGUGGAUUAUCAGCAGGACAAUGCAGAGGAAACAUCUCACAAAGGGGCCCCAAUGGAGGACAAGUCUCUGGACACGAGGACAAAUAACACAAAUCUAACACAUGCACCAGCUGAAUCUGACUCAGUGACAGCUCGGGGUGAAACAUGAGGACAUGUCGACUGGGACUCUGAGCUUAACACUAAACAAACCUGACCGACAGUAAAGUAAUGAGUCAUGUUUGCUCGCUGUAAAUUAAACCUUUAAGACGUGUUAUCAGGGUGUUAUCUCACGCAUCCUGGAAAACCUGGAAAAUGAGAGAAAAAGCAGAAUGUCCUCCAAACUCCUGUGUCGUCCUGAAUCAUUAUUCAAACUGCGCAAAACUACACAAUCCAGUAUAUAUAUAUGUUGGGAAAAUGUAGAUUUGUCUUAAAAGGAAACCAGCUACUUGUUCAUUUUGAGAUACACGUCUUAUUUUUUCUUUUGUAUUCAAACAGCAAUGAAUAACACACUGUAAUUCACAAGAGAAAAAGACAUUUGGGUUUGAAAUUGAUUAAUUGAGGAACACAUCAGUGUAUGUGUGCGCUCCCUGUCAGCUGUAGCAGCUAGACUGUCAAUGAAAAUGUCCUGGAAAAUGAUCUGUAGAAAAGUGGGAGCCCUGCAUGAGGACUGUGGAGGAUGAGUAGGUUUUAUAAACUUCUAAAUAAAGGAGCAAUAAAGUUGACACAAGCCAAUCUUUACCAACAGUAAGGCAAUGAGUUAUGAGAGCUCGCUGUGAAAUAAACCUUUAACAUUAAAUAAUUAAUAUAAAAAUUAAA